AUGGAUAUCCUACACCUCGAAACGACUCAACUUCUGGCGAUACUGCUUAGCAGUGCCAGCACGUUGUUCCUCGUCACAUAUCUCCUCCGUGCAGACCAUCGACCCCCAGAGCUCCCAGACGGUCCUCCAACCGUUCCACUAUUUGGAAAUGAACUUCAGGUGCCAAAGUCUGAUGCGCAUUUUCAAUUCUCCCGGUGGGCUAAGGAAUAUGGCGGUCUUUUCACGCUGAAACGAUAUAACAACACCACUAUCGUCAUCAACGAUCAUAAACUGAUCAAGACACUACUGGACAAAAAGAGCAACAUAUAUUCCCACCGACCGGCAUCACUGGUAUCCCACUUGAUCACUCAGAGUGACCAUCUCCUUGUUAUGCAGUACGGGGACCGGUGGCGCAUGUUGCGUAAAACUAUCCAUCAAUACUUCAUGGAGCCCCGCUGCGAGCGCGACCACUGGAAAGUCCAAGAGGCCGAGGCCAAACAGAUGCUGCAUGAUUAUUUGACCAUGUCAGAAGAUCACAUGCUGCACCCUAAGCGCUACAGUAACAGUAUCACCAACUCACUUGUCUUCGGUAUUCGCACCAAAACCGUCCACGAUGAGUACAUGAAUAAGCUUUUCUAUCUAAUGGACAAAUGGUCCUUGGUGCAGGAGCUCGGCGCCACCCCGCCUGUCGACUCGUUUGCUCUACUGCACUAUGUCCCACAGUGGCUUCUGGGGAACUGGCGGAAUCGGGCAGUCGAAGUGGGUGAUCUAAUGCAGUCCCUUUACAAGACCGUUCUAGAUCAGGUGAAGGAGCGCCGUCAACGGGGUGUCCAUCGAGACUCCUUUAUGGACCGGGUUCUAGAGACACUGAAACAGACUCAGCUUUCCGAGAAUGAGCUACGAUUCCUAGGAGGAGUUUUGAUGGAAGGAGGCUCCGAUACUUCGUCCUCACUUAUAUUGGCCAUCAUUCAGGCCAUGACUAAGUAUCCAAAAGUGCAGGCAAAGGCCCAUGCAGAAAUCGACUGCAUUAUCGGCCAUGACCGAUCCCCGGCUUGGUCUGACUGA